AUGGCACCAGUACAACUGGCACAAUCCGCAACACCAGUUAAGUCCGAGGUUGACUUACAUGAGCUCUCUGAAGUAGCUACGAAACCACACUCAUUCAAGAAUAAUCCACACAGAAAAGCUCCACCACGUCGUUAUAAACCAUGCAGACAAAUCAUAGGGGACGAAGUGAAAUACUUGCAAGCCAAGUCCAAUAUCAAGGUUGAUACUCCAACAUAUACUUCCAUAAGUGCACCACCUAGUUUGAAGCCCCAGAAGCAUUACUGUGAUAUAACAGGAUUGCCAGGCAAAUAUAAGAGUCCUUCCAAUAGUUUACGAUUCUACGACGUGGAAAUAUACCAAGAAGUUAUCAGAAAUAUGCCUCCUAGUGUGGAUCAAGAGUAUUUGGAGUUAAGAGGAGCGAAUGUGAUAUUAAAAUGA